AUGCGGACUCCAUUGACCUCUCGGGCUUUGGCCUUGGCAGCGAUUGCUUCUACUGCCUCCGCAGCGACUGCUUCUCUCAAGGACGUUUGCACGGUCGAGUAUGCCAAGUCAAAGCUUCCUGCCUCUGAUUUCAUCCAGGGCAUCACCCUUGAUCCUUCGUCCGUCACUACGAACAUCGUGUACAAUGCCUCUACCAGUGCCACCGGUACCUUCUUCCCUGCUGCGACCUUUUCGUACUGCAAUUUCACUCUGGCGUACUCCCAUGAUGGCCGUGAGGGAGACCAGGUCCUGGUUCAAUACUGGCUACCCGAUCCCGCCAAGUUCGAGAACCGGUACCUCUCGACCGGCGGCGGAGGCUACGCCAUCAAUUCUGGCUCCCAGUCUCUUCCCGGUGGAGUCAUGUACGGUGCUGUAGCUGGCGCUACCGAUGGCGGCUUUGGAAGCUUCUCGACCAAUGCGGAUGCGGCAAUGCUGCUGGCCAAUGGUACUCUGGACUACGAAACACUGUACAUGUUCGGGUACAAGGCCCAUUGGGAACUUAGCAAGAUUGGAAAGCAGUUCACCCGAAACUUCUUCAGCAUGGGCGAGAAUACCAAGCUUUACUCGUACUAUCAGGGUUGCUCCGAAGGUGGUCGUGAGGGAUGGAGUCAGAUCCAGCGCUUUGGCGAUGAAUGGGAUGGCGCGGCGAUUGGUGCUCCUGCUUUUCGCUGGUCCUUCCAACAGACCCAGCAUCUGUACUCGAAUGUUGUCACUCAGACUCUAGGGUACUACCCGCCUCCCUGCGAGAUGGAGAAGAUCAUUAAUGAGACCAUCUCUGCCUGUGACUCCCUCGACGGUCUGAAGGAUGGCGUGGUCUCCCGCUCUGAUCUCUGCCAACUGCACUUUGAUCUGUCCACUGUCGUUGGAAAGCCAUACUACUGCGCUGCCGCUGCCGCAAGCUCCGGCUACGGUGGCUCAUCAGCAGCGACUCCCGUCCAAAACGGCACCGUCUCCAAGGAGGCCGUCGAGGUCGCCAAGGAAGUCAUCCGUGGCCUGCGUGACUCGCAAGGUCGUCAAGUCUACCUCUCCUACCAGACUGCUGCGACUUUCGCAGAUGUGACCACGCAAUACAACACCACCGCUAAGAAAUGGGAACUCGAGGUCGACGGCCUCGGAGCCGAAUUCAUCGCCCUCUUGCUCGAUAAGAACGGCACUGACCUCUCCAACCUCAACGGCGUGACAUACGACACUCUCAAGGAAUGGAUGAUCAGCGGCAUGCAAGAAUACGCCUCCACCCUACAAACCAACUGGCCCGACCUAACCCCCUUCCACAAAGCCGGCGGAAAGGUCAUCCACUUCCACGGCGAAGCAGACAACAGUAUUCCCACCGCAUCAUCAGUCCGAUACUGGGAGUCCGUCCGAAGUAUCAUGUACCCCAGUCUCUCCUACAAGGACGGGGCCAACGCCCUCAAGGACUGGUACCAGUUGUACCUGGUGCCCGGUGCAGCUCACUGCGCGACUAACUCGCUCAUGCCGAACGGACCGUUCCCGCAGACCAACCUGCAGGUUCUGAUCAAUUGGGUUGAGAAGGAUGUUAAGCCCGUGACGCUGAAUGCGACUGUGUUGCAGGGAGAGUAUGUGGGUGAGAACCGCCAGAUUUGUGCUUGGCCUUUGCGUCCUAUUUGGAAGAAUGGGAAGAUGUCGUGCGAGUAUGAUCAGACUUCGAUUGAUACUUGGCAUUAUGAUUUUGAUGGUGUGCCAUUGCCUGUUUAUUAG